CCCACUCAUGUGACUAUCCAUCGGUUGUGCCGUACGCGCGUUUGUUACGUGUAUUUAGUGCCAGUGCGACUUUUUAAAUUUUUUUUUGUUCCUAACGAAUUGUUCUUAUUAAGAAAUUUGAAAUUGCUACGGACGAGCGUUGAAGUGCGUCGCUUUGAGCAAGCGAAAGCGGUUUAGUGUACGUUUGAAACAAUGUAGUGGAUUAUUUUCUAAACUGUUUUUUUGCCCACAAACGUCUUGCUAUUAUCAAGAGGACUACUACCCGGCUGAUUCCCACGGUUCAAUGCGCGUCACAACAUCAAAAAUAUGAAAAAUCAAAUCAAAACAAAUGAAUAAAUGAAUACUCGUCCUCCAUAAUAUUGUACAAAAAAAAAAAAAAGGAAAUCAAACGCAGCAAUGGCUUCUCAAGAGAUCACCAUCAACCCUUUUGAUCCUUAUAGAGAAAUGGAAAAAUAUUUGGAAAAAGUUAAUGAAGAACUCGAUGAAGUGUUCAAUCAAUGGUCUAAGAAACCUGCGGAUAAGCCCGGAAAACUUGUGGCCAACUGGCCACCGAUUCAAGCCGAUGUCAAGAGCUACUGCAGUCCGAGGUACUUGGCAAACGAUUUCAAAAGCCUGUAUGACGACGUGAUAUUAGAAUUACAGAUACCCGAACAAAUCGUUUGUCAAGCAUGCAGUGAAUUAACCAAUGGUAGUAUUGAUUCUGGAGACAGUUGUAGUCGUUCGUCAAAUAACAUGCGUUACCGCCUAUCGUCAACUAAGCGAAAACGGUCGAGGUCUAGAUCUUCGGACUACGGUAACCUCCAACAUGAACUACCUGGAUGUUACAACGACAAGUCGGCUGUUCUUCUUAAAGUUCAAAUGUUUGAAACGCCACCGCCACCAGUUCGCAGUUCGUCUCUUAAUCGUUUCCAGACCAUAAUAUCACAACAGAGAAAACAGUUUGAACGGAAGGAGUGCGAUGAAGCUCCAAUGGAAGCUACUGCACAGACAUCACCUACCGAGAGCAGAUCUUCUAGUUUUACGUGGUUAUCUGAUCGAUCGGAACCGAGUAAUUGUUCUUCAGCCGAGGAGGAAAUCCAGACGCCGUGCAGUUCGACUGAUGAUUCCGUUGUCGAUCAACAUAUCAGUUGUGGAUCUUCGACAGCAUCAUCUUCCGUGUCACCACCCGGUCGUUCCGACGAACCCGAAUCCGGUAUAGGAACGGCUUCGCCACCACAUCAUCGAUAUUCAAAGUCGGGAAACCAGAAAUGUCGCAAGAAAGAGACGUGGGAGCGGUUGCAAAGACGACACGCGGAUAGGUGUGCGGCGACCAAACGUGUGGAGCCUGUGUGGGUGACUGAAGAUCAGCAGAGCGAUUCCACGACCCAACCGGGUAACCGACCGGUGCGACCGAAUCGAUUGCCUUUGACCAGCGAAUGUCAAUCAUCCGAAAAAGUCGCUUACGAACUGCCCAGCCCAACUGCCAUAUCUCUAAGCGGUGGUAGUGAUCUAUCUCCGGAAUUGGCUUGUAAAAGCUCUUCUGCGCCCCACCUGAUAAAACCGUGUUCGAAGACCCUUCCCAAGGGUAAAUUCGAUCCAUCCUACACAAAUCGGAAACAAAUAAGAUGUCAGUCGGAUCGUUAUUUGUCAGAAAUCGAAGCCAAAGAAGCGUGUAAAUGGCUCAGGGCAGCUGGGUUUCCACAGUACGCGCAAAUGUAUGAAGACUUGCAGUUCCCAAUCGACGUGAACGGCGUACAAAAAGAUCAUCCAUUCCUUGAUUUGGACUCGCUGCAGUCGUUGUUCAGAAGGCUACAUGCUCUAAAUCGUUGUGCAAACAUGAAGCUUGAUUUUGCGCCCAAACAUACGGCUGACGAAUCCGACUCCGAAGGAGAAUGUGCGUUAAGCGAAAAUUGGAUGUUUCAGAGGGAAUCGAGGCGCUGGUCUAGGGUAGAUGAUAUUACCAAAAAUGUCGUGAUGUCAAAUGACACCCGACAACAACAGUCUUCUGUGGUACCUCGAUUUGAUGACAGUACCUCUUUAACAGCUGUCCGAGUACCACCAAGUGUUCAGGACACUGAGCGGCCGCCUGAAACGGUCGAUACUAACUGCAGGUACAGCGGCGGUUGUAUGACACUCCCCUCGAAUGUUGCGGUACCGGUGGAAACGGUUGCAGCCGAUUUACUAGCAUCGCGGUUCCGGAGGUCUGGUAGCGAGCGACUCCGUGACGGUGCCAAAGCCAUCUUGCGUCGCGUGGAGAGCUUGAAGACCCGAAGACGGAAACAACGCAACCGCGACGGCGUCGUCAUCGGUGCGCCUCAGAUUAUUGAUGUCGCUUCGAUGCAACAAAAAAUGAAGGAAUUGAAUUGUGUGGACGUAACGCCACCAGACUCUCCAAUGGCCGAAGAUUUGAAAAACAAACGGUUCUUGGCCAAACCUGAAUCUCUUGAUUCGUUGGCGUACUCUGAUUCGGAUUUAUCUUGGAAAAACGAAUAUACCGAUGCUAAUAGUAAUAACACCAAGCCUCUUCUCGACUUUAUGACCAACAGAUUUUCAUCUCCAAACAGUAGCCAAGAUAGUCAAACAUAUAAAAACAAAGACAAUGACAGUGUUGAUUCGGUUUCGAGCGCAGUGCAAGACAGUGAUCAAGAGUUAACACCUAAGUCAAAAAAAUCAGUUGUGCGAUGGCACAGUUUCCAAAAGACUAAACAACGACCUGACUCAUUAGUUGGACAUACUAUUGGGUCUCUCACGGUCGGCCAGCUCUUAGUAUUACGCAAAUUGUCUUUACUUAAGCUCACAGCUAUUAUGGAAAGAUAUUGUCCAACACAUAGAACCGGAUGGAACUGGGAGCUACCAAAGUUUAUGCGUAAAACUAAAGUAUCCGAUCCAAAAGAUAAAUCUGUGUUUGGCGUUCCAUUGAUAACUAACGUACAGAAAAAUGGAUCAGCACUACCGCCUUUCAUACAAUCAGCUUUCCGUUGGCUCGAGGAGAACGCUCUGGAUCAUGUCGGCUUAUUCAGAAAGCCAGGAGUUAAAUCCCGUAUACAGCGUUUGAAACAAUUGGCAGAAUCUGAACCAGAUAAUAUUAAGUUUGAAAAUCAUCAAGCUUACGAUGUUGCCGACAUGGUAAAACAGUACUUCCGUGAAUUACCCGAAGCUUUACUUACCAAUAAGCUAUCAGAAAGUUUUAUUGCUAUUUUUCAACAUGUUCCAGUGUACUUACAGAAAGAAGCUGUUCAUUGUACAGUUUUGCUGUUACCUGAUGAACACCGAGAAGCCUUGUAUACUUUACUGAACUUUUUACAUCACGUAUCAUUAAAGAGUGACGUUAACCAAAUGUCUGCUAGUAAUUUGGCAGUGUGUUUGGCGCCAUCCUUAUUUCAUCUUGGAAAUAGUAAUUCUCACGGUAGUUCUGGUUCAACACCUCCUAGUCCAGGAGGCUCCCAACGAUCAUCAUCUGUUUCACCUCGACGCAAUCAAACAAACAUCGGAUUACCGGAUUCCAAACAGCUAGGCCAGAAUAAAUCAGCCCAUGACUGUCUGCUCUUUCUCAUCAAACAAUACAGAGAACUUUAUACGAUGUCAGAUGAUAUUAUGAGCCAAUGUCACUUCAGUUAUAUGGAUGAGAGUAUUCCUAUAAAUUUAGAUGAUCUUGGGGCGGAAAUGGGUCACGACUGGAAAGGAUACUUAAACGUUUGCACAAAUGCACUCCUCAAAGAAGUCAAAGACAAAAAUAGAGGAUGGAUUACGAUGGGAAGCUUUGAAAACGUUGACAUAUCUUACAAGAAAGUUGGAGAUGGACACCCAUUAAGACUUUGGCGCGUGUGCACUGAAAUAGAAGCACCGCCUACAGAGGUACUUACAAGGAUACUAUGGGAAAGACAUGUAUGGGAUAAAGAACUUGUAUCCGCCCGAGUGGUUAUGAAAAUGGAUACACAAGCUGAACUUUAUCAGUACACCAAUUCUGCCAUGGAACCACAUUUGACCAAAGAUUACUGUGUAAUAAGGUCGUGGAGAACCAAUUUGAAUAAAGGAGGUUGUGCGAUCGUUGAGACAUCUGUUGAACACCUAGAAGCUAAAUUACCAAAAGGCUCUGUUCGCGGCAUUGUGUUGGCAUCUAGAUAUUUAAUUGAACCAUGUGGUUCAGGUAAAUCAAGAGUCAUCCACCUUUCUAGAGUAGAUACCAAGGGAAGAACUAGCGAAUGGUACAAUAAAAUUUAUGGUCAUAUUACUUCCAAAUACCUGUCAAAAAUUCGAAAAUCUUUUGAACACUCCGCUGAAGGUCCCGAAAGUAAAGUGUAAUAAUUAAAUAUUUGUACAAAUUAUUUUUAUUUUUCUGUAAAUAUUUGUUAUUUUCUUUCUCUUACUAAUUAAAUAUGAACCUUACUUUAUACA